AUGGCAUCUCCCCCUGGUCUGGAGUUGAAGACACUGAGCAAUGGGCCCCAGGCCCCAAGGAGACCAGCAUCUCUGGGUCCAGCAGCCCCACCCAGGGAGGGUGUGGAGAACGCCUGCUUCUCUUCCGAGGAACAUGAGACCCAUUUCCAGAACCCUGGGGACACCAGACCAGGCCGCUCCCCCAGCCCUCCUGGGGGCCUUGGCCCCUCACGGCCCCGAUCCCAGAGAGACGACGUGUCCCUGCAUUCAGAAGAGGGGCCAGGCCUGGAGCCCGUGAGCCGCCCGGUGGAUUAUGGCUUCGUGUCUGCUCUGGUUUUCCUGGUGAGCGGGAUCCUCCUGGUGGUGACUGCGUACGCCAUCCCCCGCGAGGCUCGCGUCAACCCGGACACGGUGUCAGCGCGGGAGAUGGAACGGCUGGAGAUGUACUAUGCACGCCUGGGCUCACACCUGGACAAGUGCAUCAUCGCGGGCCUGGGGCUGCUCACGGUGGGCGGCAUGCUCUUGUCCGUGCUGCUGAUGGUCUCCCUGUGCAAGGGCGAGCUGUACCGCCGGCCCACCUUCGUCCCGGGCAGGGGCUCCAGGAAGACCUACGGCUCUAUCAACCUGCGCAUGAGACAGCUCCAUGGGGACGGGGGCCAGGCCCUGGUGGAGAACGAAGUCGUCCAGGUCUCAGAGACCAGCCACGCCCUCCAGGGGUCUUAA